AUGGCUUCUAAGAAGUUGGGAUCCGACUCUCAUGGGCCUUUCAGUUAUCUUGAUGAUGUCCCAUUUAAGAUAGGAGACAAAUUCAAAACCCCAGCAAAGGUUGGAUUACCCAUUGGUUUCUGCCUGCCUGAUUCUUCUCAGCUUGUCCGAGAAGCCCAGUAUGACUUCUCACUGGAAAAGAAAACAAUCCAGUGGGCUGAAGAUAUCAAAAAAAUUGAAGCUGCCCAGAAAGAAGCUGAACGCAAGGCAGAAGAAUCGCUAGCAAACUCAAAAGCAGCUCCAGAGGACAACAACAAAAUGGGGUUCUCGGAGGGACCUUGCCCUGAGGCCAUGCCACCUCCUAUUAACCCCAUUCUCGCUAGCCUGCAGCACAAUAAUAUUCUUACUCCCACGCCAGCCAACAGCAGUGCUGUGAAGCAAAAGGUUCUCAGUCCACCUUGUCCAAAAACAGACUUCAACCCAGCUGAUUUUGAAUGUGAAGAAGACCCAUUUGACAAACUGGAAUUAAAAACUAUUGAUGAUAAGGAGGAAUUAAAAAAUAUUCUUGAAAUUCAUGUUGGUACUACUGGGCCAAUUGUUGCCCAGCUGUUAGAUAAUACUUUGCCCAAAGGAGGGUCUGAGUCUGUGGUGCAAGACGAGGAAGUUCUAGCAUCUAUAGAAAGGGCCACGUUGGACUUCAAGCCCCUUCACAAACCCAAUGGCUUUAUCACUUUACCACAGUUGGGAAGCUGUGAAAAGAUGUCCUUGUCUUCCAAAGUGUCCCUGUCCCCUAUCACUUCAGUGAGCAAUAUCAAAUCCCUAUCCUUUCCUAAACUUGACUCUGAUGAGAGUGAUCAAAAAUCGUCAAAGCUCACAAGCACUUUCCACAGCACUACCUGUCUCCGCAAUGGCACUUUGCUCAGCUCUUUGCAGACCUGUGCUCAGAGUAAGGCUAGUGAACUGAAUGGACACCAUAUGGUUGGUCUUUCCACCCUAAAUGAGGACAGUGGCAUGGAGACAUCGACAUUAUCCUCUUCAUCCAGGCUGCCUUACCUGGCUGUGUCGACAGUUUGUACAGAAGACGACUCAUCUCAAAUCACAGCAACUACG